GGAUCCCCAUCCCAUACCCGAAUCCAUCCUUUUAUUUUCCUGCCCGCUCGCUCACUCAUCCUUGAUCCAAGCAUGAGUCUCAUCGCCCGCGCAGCCCUCGCGCCCAGCCGCGCGCACGCCCGCUCGCUCGUUCUCUCGAGAGCACCCGCGAGCGCGCUCGUCCGCUUCCAGAGCACCGUCGUCGACAAGCCGCGGCCCAUCCUCCCUGCCUUCUCCAUGGCGGGCAAGGUCGCCGUGAUCACGGGUGCCGCCAGAGGCCUGGGCAACGAGUUUUGUCGCGCUUUUGUGCAAUCAGGAUGCACGGACCUGGCCAUUGUCGAUCUGAAGGAGGAAGAGGCCAAGGAGGCCGCGGUCGAGCUCGUCAACUCCGCCUGUGCUGCUAACAGCGAUUACGCGCCGUCGGACUUCAACAUCAUCGGCGUCGGCUGCGAUGUCUCGUCGGAGCUGUCGGUCCAGAAGGCGUUUGAGACUGUCAUGGAUACGUACGGCAAGGUUGAUUCGGUUGUUGCGUCUGCUGGUAUCGUCGAGAACUACUCCGCGUUCGACUACCCCUUCGACCGGAUAAAGCGUCUGUACGACAUUAACGUGCACGGCGCGUUCUUCACUGCCCGUGAGGCCGCGCGCAACAUGAUUCCCCAGGGCGGCGGAAGCAUCGUCCUCGUCGCGAGUAUGUCUGCUAGCGUCGUCAACAUUCCCCAGCCACAAACGCCGUACAACGCGUCGAAAGCCGCCGUCCGGCACAUGGCCGCAUCCCUGGGCGUUGAGUGGGCGAAGAAGGGUGUUCGCAUCAACACGCUCAGCCCGGGAUACAUGUUGACGAAGCUCACGAAGACGAUUCUGACGCACGACCAGGAGCUCAAGAAAACUUGGGAGAGUCUUACGCCCAUGGGCAGGAUGGGUGAGCCUGACGAUCUGUCGGGCGCCAUUGUCUUCCUUGCAAGUGAUGCGUCUAGGUUCAUGACUGGGACGGAGGUCCGUGUGGACGGAGGGUACACGAUCAUCUAAGCGGGUGUAAUCGGAUGGAUUCGGUCUGUCGGUCGUCCGUCUGGACAUUCGGCAAAAGGGUCGGAUUUUGGGGCGUAUAUCCUCUCCAUACCACGAGCUGAAGCAAGAAUUUCUCAAAGAACGUACGAACAUACACAUAACAUAGAGGUAUCUUAGGGCUGUACGAGGUGUGCCUUCUGUCGGCCAUUGACGGGGGUUCAUUAUGCGUACGCCGAUUUUGUAAUAACGUGCAUCGGGUGUCGAUUUGCAUUUUCUUUUGAC